AUGAGCUCCGGUGAGCUACCAUGUUACACAUUGAUUCACGUCCCCAGCGACGCUGAACUUCCAUCAGAGGCGCAGCUCAAGGAGAAGUUCGAGAAGGGAGGAGACAAAGAACGUACGGAAGCUUUGAAAAAGCUCAUUUACAUGAUUCUCAACGGCGAGAAAACGUCACAAAGCAUGCUGAUGUAUGUUAUCAGAUUCUGCCUUCCAUCCAACGAUCACACUCUCAAAAAGACGCUUCUCAUCUUCUGGGAAUGCGUUCCAAAAACCGAUUCUAAUGGAAAGCUCCUCCACGAGAUGAUUCUGGUUUGCGACGCCUACAGAAAAGACCUUCAACAUCCAAAUGAGUUCGUUCGUGGAUCCACCUUGAGAUUUUUGUGUAAACUUCGCGAGCCAGAGCUUCUCGAGCCUCUUAUGCCAGCAAUAAGAGCUUGUUUGGAGCACAGACAUUCCUAUGUUCGUCGUAACGCCGUCUGCGCAAUUUUCACCAUCUACAAAAACUUCGAGUUCCUGAUCCCAGACGCACCAGAAUUGGUCACCGAGUAUUUGGAAACCGAGCAAGAUGCGUCUUGCAAGCGCAACGCCUUCAUGAUGCUUCUCCACGUUGAUCAGGCUAGAGCCCUUGAUUAUUUGUCCGGAUGUAUUGAUCAAGUUGGAUCAUUCGGAGAUAUAUUGCAGUUGGUUAUUGUUGAGCUUAUUUAUAAGGUCUGCCACAACAACCCGAACGAAUGUGCUCGCUUCAUCAGAUGUGUCUACAACCUUCUUCAAUCUCAAUCUCCAGCUGUCAGAUACGAAGCUGCUGGAACCCUAGUCACUCUCACCAACGCUCCAGCGGCCGUCAAAGCCGCCGCAUCAGCCUACAUUGAGCUUAUCGUCAAGGAGAGCGACAACAACGUCAAGCUGAUCGUUUUGGACCGUCUCGUCCAACUUCGCAACACCUCGAGCAACGAGAAGGUUCUCCAAGGACUUGUUAUGGAUAUUCUCCGCGUUCUCACUUCUCCAGGACUCGAAGUCCGCAAGAAGACUCUUAAUCUUGCUCUUGACUUGGUUUCCAGCAGAAACGUUGAAGAUAUGGUGAUGUUCUUGAAGAAGGAGAUUAACAAAACAGCGACCGAGACUAACGAUGAGAACGGAAAAUACCGUCAAGCCCUUGUCAAAACUCUUCACACCGCUACUAUCAAGUUCCCAGAUGUGGCUUCUAGCAUCGUUCCAGUUCUCAUGGAAUUCCUUUCGGACACCAACGAGACUGCUGCCCAAUAUGUCAUCCAAUUCGUUCGUGAAGCCGUUCACAAGUUGCCAAAUCUCAAGUCGGCUAUUUUGGCAUCUCUUCGUGAGGGAAUUCCUUUCAUUCAAUCUCCAAACAUCUUCAUGUCUGCUCUCUGGAUUCUCGGCACUUACUGCGAUGCUGAGGGAUCUUUAGAAGUUCUUCGACUCAUCAAGACUUCUCUCGGAGACCUUCCAAUUGUUGAUAGCGAGUUGGCUGAGCAAGAUGAGCCAAAACAAGAGGAAGUUGAGCAGAAGAAGGUUCCAUCUGGACCAAAAGUCACUGCUGAUGGAACAUACGCCACACAGACUGCUCUCUCGACCACAGUGGUCUCCAAGAAGAACGAGAAGCCACCAUUGAGACGCUUCCUCCUCAACGGAGAAUUCUUCCUCGGAGCCUCCCUGGCCACCGUCCUUACCAAACUCGCUCAACAAUUCAGCGAGCUCAAUGGAGCAGGAUCUGAGCGCUCUAACCGUUUCCGUGCUGAAUGCAUGCUCAUUCUCGCCUCCAUCAUUCAUCUCGCCAAGAGUGGUCUCAUUUCCCAUCAAGUAAACGAAGACGAUCUGGACAGAAUGGGAGCUGUGAUCAAGAUUAUUGCUCAAGGAAUCCCUGGACUCGAUGAGCAAUAUGGAGAUGCUUGUAAGAAGAGUUUGGAGCUCAUGCUUUCUUCCAAAUCUAUUAGUCGUCUCGAUGCGAAUGAUAAGCUUACCAACUCGGGAAGUGCUCGUUCUAAGGACUUUGUUGAUAUCGAUAAGACUAUCAAUUUCACUCAAUUGCUCGCCAAGAACAACCAACAAGGCGAGAACUUGUAUGAUUCGUCGCUCUCUCAAGCUCUGGGAACCGCUCCAAAAGAUACCAAGUUCGAUUUCUCUAGCUCGAAACUUGGAAAGGUUAUCCAACUCGCCGGAUUCUCGGAUCCAAUCUACGCUGAAGCCUACGUCAAUGUCAACCAAUAUGAUAUUGUACUCGAUGUUCUGAUUGUCAACCAAACUUCUGAUACGCUUCAAAACGUUUCUCUUGAGUUGGCCACUGUUGGAGAUUUGAAACUCGUUGAUAAGCCAACCCCAGUCACCCUUGCACCAAAUGAUUUCUCCAAUAUUAAGGCCACCGUGAAAGUCGCUUCCACUGAAAACGGUGUCAUAUUCUCGACCAUCUCCUAUGACGUUCGUGGAUCCACUUCGGAUCGUAACUGUGUUUAUUUGCAAGACAUCAAGAUUGAUAUUAUGGAUUAUAUUGUGCCCGGAAACGUCACAGACACCGAAUUCCGUCAGAUGUGGAGUGAUUUCGAGUGGGAGAAUAAGGUGAACGUGAUGACGCCGAUCAGAGAUCUGAGGGAAUUCCUGAAUCAUUUGUCGACGUCGACGAAUAUGAAGGUGUUGACUGGAGAUGCUGCUAUAGAAGGAGAAUGCGGAUUCCUUGCUGCCAAUCUCUGCGCUCACUCAAUCUUCGGAGAAGACGCCCUGGCCAACGUCUCCGUCGAGAAAGCGCUCCCAAUGGACGACGCCUCCCCGAUCGUUGGCCACAUCAGAAUCCGAGCCAAGAGCCAAGGAAUGUGCCUGACGCUUGGCGACAAAUUGAGCUCAGCAAUGCGAUCUCGACGAGACGGCCAACCAAUUGCUGCGCCAUCAGCGUAG